UCUGUAACAUGGAGCAAGUGAACAACAUAAUAUAAAUCUCAAUCAGGUUGAUCUCGUUCAAUACAGUAAAUAUAUUAAGCAUCGACUUGUUUUGCUAUAUAUUUGGAUAUUUGCAAUUUUUUUAGUUUAUCCAUUCUAGGCUGUAAAAUCAACAAUGAUAAUUCCGGUGCGUUGUUUCACGUGUGGCAAAGUAAUUGGCAACAAAUGGGAAGCAUAUCUGGGACUUUUACAAGCGGAGUAUACUGAAGGAGAUGCUCUCGACGCGUUGGGUCUCAAGAGGUACUGUUGCAGGAGAAUGUUGCUUGGACACGUGGAUCUAAUCGAGAAGUUACUUAACUACGCGCCACUAGAAAAGUAGAUAUAAGAUAUAAUAUAAUAUGUAAACAAUUAUUUAUAGGAUUUUCAAUAACCAAUAUUAUAUUCGGUAUUAUCGCAAGUAGACACUGAUAAUACAAAAUUCAAUCUCAAAUUGUAACAUUAUAAUAUGGCCUAAAUGCUAACCUAUGACGGAAAGCCAAUUACCUGCUACACCAUCGAUUUAAUAGCACUGAUUUCAAAGGAUUGAGUUAAAAAAAAUACUACGUAAUUAUUUUUUAUCACUGAAUAAGAGGCAGAUGUAAAUUAUAAUAUCUAUAUAUCCGUGAAGAAAAAACUUCGUACUCCUAUUUAAGUUAGUUGCGCGCACGGAGAAGUAAAAUUUGGCACGAUUAAAGGUAAAUAAAAUGUAUGUAUAAUUUGUUGCAAAUAUAAUAAUUUCGACAAUCAAAUUACGACCACUGGACAUCUACAAGUAAUUAUAAAUAUAUAAACUUCUUUAAUUACUUUUGUAAAACUUAAUUACAGAGUUAAUUGUUUUUGCGUUUGUAAAUUGUAUGCAAUUUAGGUUCUAAGUAAUAUAAGGAAAUAUAAAAUCUAAGCAACAA